GUCCAAGGUGGACCAGGUCCACGACAUCCUGACAGGGAACGCCACGGUGAUCCGACUGGUGGUCAGCUUCUACCGCAACGCGCGGGGGCAGAACGCCCUGCGGCAGAUCCUGGCCGGCCCUGUGCAGGAGGUGCUGCAGGACAAGACCCUCAGCAUCCACACCAACCCCGUGGACAUCUACAAGGCGUGGAUCAACCAGACCGAGUCACAAAGCGGGCAGAGAAGCAACCUCCCCUACGAGGUCAGCCCCGAGCAGGCUCUGAGCCACCCUGAGGUCCAGAGGAGGUUGGAUAUUUCCAUCCGCAACCUCCUUGCUGUGACGGACAAGUUCGUCUCUGCCAUCACCUCCUCCGUAGACAAGAUCCCCUACGGGAUGCGCUACGUGGCCAAAAUCCUCAGGACAUCCCUGGCUGAGAAGUUCCCCGAGGCCUCGGAGGAGGAGGUUGACAAGGCCGUGGGGCACCUCCUCUAUUACCGCUUCAUGAACCCGGCAGUGGUGGCCCCCGACGGCUUCGACAUUGUGGACGUUUCGGCGGGGGCCGCUCUGCACCCCAACCAGCGCCGCAGCCUGGGCUCCAUCGCCAAAGUGCUGCAGCACGCGGCCGCCCGCAAAACCUUCACUGAGGAGAACACGCACCUCUGCGGGGUGAACCGCUACCUGCAGGACACCCACCACCGGUUCAGGAGGUUCAUCGCUGCCGCUUGCUGCGUCCCGGAGCCGGAGGAGAGGUUUAACAUGGACGAGUACUCGGAGCUGGUGGCGGUGGCCAAGCCGGUGAUUUACAUCACGGUGGGGGAGCUCAUCAACACGCACAAGCUCCUGCUGGAGCACCAGGACUCCAUCGCGCCGCAGCACGGAGACCCCUUGCACGAGCUCCUGGAAGACCUGGACGAGCUCCCGACGGUGCCGUCCCUCGUGGGGGAGAGUGUUCAGAGCCUGGCGGAUGGAGAGCAGGGGAUCUCCCAGCUCAGCAGAAUGGAAAUCUCCCUCACCCUCACCAGCAAACUGAUGCCGGCGGCCAACAGCGAGGAGAGCGAUGGCAGGAGCUUGCUGCUGAGCACCAAGCAGAUGCUGGUGGACGUGAUCCAGGCGCAGGCAGGGGAUUCCCUCAUGGAGAUCCUGCGGACGCAGGCGUCGGAGCAGGAGGUGGGGAGAAGCCUCCCACGACCUCCUCAUGUGCCGGCGGGCGCUGCGGGGCGCCCGGACCCCCGCCACCCUGUGGCGCCCGCGCUCGGCGGCCGCCCCGCCGACAGCCGCCUGUCCCUGGAGGAGAAGAAACGCAAGAUCAUCCGCAACCUGCGGCGCUUGGAGAGCCUGGGGCUGCUGGACCCUGCCCAUCAACACCAGCAGCUGCUGGACGAGCUGGCCAAG